CAGGAGUCGAUGCCUCGCUUUGCCGUUGCUGGCCACGGUCACACUGUGGAUGUCCCAGGGUGUCCUGUUUACAGGUUUUUGGAAGCAGAGUGGCCCGUCCGCGCGCAGAAGGGCGUUGAGAGGAAAUCUGGCCCACAAUGCAGAGCCUGCCCAGGCUCCUGAACUGCCGCCGUUCCAACGUUUUACGGAUGACUACAACCCUGACCCUUUGGACCGUGUGGUUGAGUGGUUCAUGACGCUCGACCCAGACUCCAAUCAGAAUUUGGAAACAGGAUUCACCAUCAUAGUUCUUGGGAUCACUCUUCUCAGUGCCAAGGAAACCUAUGAAAAGUAUCUCCGGGACAAAGAGGAGGAAGACAGGAUAAGAAAUCAAAAGAUCAGAAGAGCUCUAAACCCGGAUGGAUGGAGGGAAGAGCUCUUCAAAGAGGAGCAAGAAGCAAAGCUUAAGGCAGAGCAGCAAGAUCCAAAGCGAGGUGUUAAGGACGUUUUGGCAGAGAUCUACGGUACUGACGGGCUGGAAGACCAGUUCGGUGCCCGCCUCAGACCAGGAGGCGCUAAGGGAGCAAAAGCUGCAGGACCCUCCAAAGGCGUCAAGAAGAGUUCAGGACUGGUCAAAG